CUUUCGCUUGUUAUUCUUUUUUCCUUUUUGCAUAUUUUUUUUUGCUUGUACAAUAUACAGGCUACCAGAACUUUGAAUGGAUAGUUCGCUUAAUCGAAGGCUCGUUAUACUCGGUGGGGGCGCAGCUGGCAUUCUGCUUGCGAUGAAGCUGGCAUCGGACAAGCAGAAACUGGGCAUUGAUAUUACUCUUAUUGAUUGCAAGCCGUUUUUUGAAUACACGCCUAGUUUGAUUUCAGUCCUUUACGAAGCAUCCGACGAGCAAUUUGAGCGCCAUUUCUGCAAUAUCACUGCAGAUUAUGAAACGCUUCUGGGAGGGCUCGGCGUCAAGUUUGAGCUGGGCAUAGUGCGCGAUAUGGACAAUGAAAACGUGAUUCUCGGCGACGGCAGCCAGAAAAUCGCGUACGAUAUCCUAGUAAUCUGUACAGGGUCAUUCUAUCACGAUCCAUGGAAAGUUCCCUGCCAGCAAGACCGGACCACGAUGCAAUGGCAAGAUCGUUUGGAUUACCUACGUACUCACCGUGACAAGUACAAAUCCUCAGAAGACAUUAUGUGUAUUGGCGGCGGGCCCGUGGGUGUCGAGGUUGCGAGCGAGAUUGCGUGGCGGGCACCCUUGAAACACGUUACUCUAGUCAGUUCAUCUGACACUGUUUUAUCGGGUACGCCUGGAGGCGUCGCCGAUGGCGCAGGUCGCAUACUGAAUCAUCUCGAUCCAAUCAGGCUGCUGACAGGCGAAAAGGCUGAAAAGGUGGAUGAUGCGGAUGAUAGCACCUACAAGACAGAUAAAACAAACACGGAAAUCAAGACGGACCUAGUAUACCUAUGUACUGGCAUUCGUCCCAACACCCAAUUUCUUCAAAAAUCUCAUCCAAACUGGCUUGACGACAAAAAGCGCAUACGUGUGAACGAGUACUUUCAAGUGCGUGGCGAUGAUAGCAGUGGUGGCGAAGGUAAUACCAGCAACAACAGCAAGAGCGUUUUUGCUGUCGGUGACGUCAAUGAUGUCAACGAGCCAAAGUUGUGGUUUACGGCGCACAUGCAAACAGUCCAUCUGUAUCACAACCUCAAACGAUUUGUGGAAGGUAAAAACGACAUGGUUCCUUACAGUGGUUCACAAAUAUCCAUGGUCAUAUCGCUGGGUCCACAUUAUGCCGUUGGAUCGUUCAAUGGUUUCGUCUUGAACGGCUGGCCGUUUGGACGAAACAGCGGAAGUAAGCUGGCAGCAAUCGCAAAACAUACAGUCGAACGCGUCACGAUGAACGACUUUCAUAGCAAAAAGCUAGCAAACGACAUACUAUAUCAAACACACGAAAAAGGCCACUUGUUCCAAAAGAUAACCGGUACAUGCCUGAGUCAACGGUGACCAACUACAGCGGAUGAACAGUAAUGCGGCAAGCGCGCAUUGUGGGUUGCUCUUUGACUGGAUGUAAUAAAACGAUAUAUUUACA